CAGGUAUAAAUGCCGAGCAGGUAGCAGAGCUGACACUCAUCUCAGCCGACAUGUUGGGAACUGGCAGUGCCCUCCUCCUGGGCAUCACCCUCUGCUGCCUGGGCACCUGGGCAAAGGAGACUAUAAUUCAUAAUGUCUGCCCCGUGCUGGACCCCGACAGCUGCAAACCAGCCAAUCCCGGAACCCCGGGGUGCAAGUCCGACCGCGACUGCUCCAAACACCAGAAAUGCUGCUGCGUCAAGUGUGGGUGGAAGUGCGUAACUACUGUGCAAGUGAAACAGGGACGGUGCCCCCCCAAAAUGGCCAACUGUACGACCCCAGCAUCUCACCCCGACACCCCCACGUGUAAGAGCGACUUCGAAUGCCCCGGGCACCAGAAAUGCUGCGACCAGUGCGGCAACAUCUGCCGGGACCCCAUGGAAGAGAAAUGGGGAAUCUGCCCCACAACGGACAACAAGCAGCUGGAGUGCCCCAACGUACGUUGCAGGGCAAACGCCGACUGCCCCCCCAACCAGAAGUGCUGCCAGUUUGGGGGGAAACAGGACUGUAUGAACAUUCACUGAGCGUCUCAUUGGCCCCCACAAACCAACAGGGACCCCCAUACUGUGUAUUUGGGGAUACACUGGGCAAAGGAUGGGGUGUUCUCAAUAAACACAUUCAGAUUAAAGGGUAACUAUUCCUCUAACUGC